CCAAUAUCACAUUCCCAAUCUCGGUGCAAGAUCUGCAAAGGCGCCAUUUGCAAAGCUAGAUUCUCUCUCUGCAAAUCUCUACGUACCUCUCCUUGUCUGUGUAUCAGCGACUGCCCUAAGAUGUCUUGCGAACCAACAAGUCUCAAGCGUGAAGGAACCAUGCAAGUCACCGCUCAGGAGGGUGAAGCUUUCCUCGAGAGUCAAGGCAUGAAAGUGACAGAUGAUGACGCCAAGACACGAGCUCAGAAAGAGAAGCUCGAGGAAAUUACAACACCGAGCAAUGAAGACAAGCCACGCAUACCUCGAGAGGGGACAAUGGCUGUCACUGCCAAGGAGGGCAAGGAGCUGCUUGGUGAUGGCUCCUACGAGAAGACACGUCAACAGACAGCUGCCUCCAACGAGGAGACCUCUGCCAAUGGAGACGAGAGCAAGCCCCGCAUACCCAGGGACAACACCAUGGUCGUCACUGCACAGGAGGGAGAGCAACUCCUUGAUGGAGAGAAGCGGGAGAAAACCAGGGCUCAAACUGCUGCAACUAAAGAGGAGCAGACUCCUCCUAAAGUCAAGAGAGCCACUACUAUUGCCCAGACUGCUGAGGCGAGUACUCAUAUCCUAGGAGAUGAGGAGCGUGGUAAGACACGCUCUGAGACCAGGAAGAUCUCCCUGAGUGAUGAGGAGAAGCCAGCAGUCAAGAGGGCCAACACUAUGGAACAAACUGCUAAGGAGGGAGAGGAAUUUCUAGCUAGGGAGGCUAAACGGGCCAAACUGGACGGAGAGAAUGGGGAAGCUCAAGAGGAGGUCAAAGCAGAGUCUUAAACAACAGGCACUACUACCCCCCCUCCCUCACUGGAAACAAUAUCUAGCUUAUUUUAGGCAAAAUAAUAUCGCUCUUUAUAAACUAUCUACAGAACUGUUGCAUACAACCAUACUCACAUUCAUAUACCCUUACCUCAUGCAUUUUACUGUUUAUACACUUUGGGUUUAAUCAUCACUUUAAAAAGUCAAA